ACGAAAGCCCGAGCCCGUCGGGGUGGUUUGUUGUGGAGCGGGUGUGGUUGUUCCGCCGAGCAGUGGCCGUGACAAAAUUCCGGUUGGACCACGACGCCAAAAAAUCCCCACAGCAUACUACCAACCUUGUUCCAACAGCGUGGACGAUUUUUCUCGAUCUCUGGAUUUUUAAAGGAGGGGCAGAGAGGCGGUGUUUUGCGAGAGGACUGCUAGAGAGAGAAGGAAGCAAAAAUGGGGUGCUGUGACGCGUGUAUCAGGUGUUUAGGGCGGAUUCCCUACGCCUCCCUCAUCGCCACCAUUUUGCUGGCGGCCGGGAUCGCCGUGUUCUGCGGGUCGUUCUACACCGCGGUUAUCCAGACACGGACCCUCUUCAGCUUUGACUUUAGAUCAGUUACAGACAAUUUCUUCAAUCUCACGGAAGCUCUAAAAUGGAGUGCUGUCGGCAUCACUGCGUUUAUGGGUGUCUAUGCCUUCAUCCUGCUCCUGAUCGGUUUCCUAGCAACCGGCGCCAGCAAAGAGAAGAAGUACUGUGGCUUUGGCACCGGGCUGGGCAGCAGGAUAACUGUGGCAUUUUUCCUUGUGCUGACAUACAUCAUCUUCAUUGGAUGGCUGCUGAUGUCCUGCAUGGGGGUCAUCCCCUCCCUCUUCUUUUACCUCACCGUCAUCGUCAAAGCCACACCCUAUACUGUGGGCAACCAGAACUGCCUCAACCUGCAGCAGUUCGGAUUGGAUGUGGUUUUCAACACCACCAACAACAACACACCGGGCAACACUGCUCUUGGUAGCAACAUGUGGGAAUACUGCGGCAACGAUUACAACAAAUUCCAGGCCGAUGGAUUCCAACUGUUCAACUUGUACAUCGUGGCCUUGGUGGGAGCCUUGGUGGUCACCAUCAGCCUGGUGCACUACUUGAUGUGCUUGUCGGCCAAUUACGCUCACCUCAAGGAUUCUGGGAAAAUUUACAAGUACGAGGAAACCAAAUACCGCGAAGAACAGGAGCUGCACAACAUCGUGACCAACUCCAAGGAAAAGCUCAACUACUGAUGAUGUCAUUGAUGAUGUUCCUCACACACACACACACUGAUGAUGUCAUCAUCUGUUGCUGGGCAUCAUCUGUUCUCAAUAAUAUGAUGUAAUAUUUGAAUGUCAUGCCCAAAGUAAUUAGUAGUGUCUAGUAGAAGUUUAAGUGUUGUAUACAGUUACAGUAUCUCUGUGUAAAUGCCCACAGUGGACAUAAGGUCAAAAGUUGUAGUAGAUGUUUUAACGAUGGGGGGCUGCGAUGCUGUCAUGAACUGUUCACCUUUACGUCUGUAUGAUUACUGAGAUGCCUGGAAGAUCACACAGCUACAACUACUGUCAGUUAAUACCCUACUUUGUGAGAUUUCUCCACUAGAAUCUAUAUGGUGAGAUGCAGAAUUGUGAAGGGACAGUUGACGAUGGUGGUUUUUCGAUAGCCUGGUAUCCAAACCUAUUAUAGCUGUCAAGCAUCUUUCGUCCUCAGCUAUAACAGGUUUGAAUACCAUGCUAGAUUUAAAGAGAGGAAAAAAGACCAAGUCACAUCAUGUGCUGGUGUAAACAAUGUUGAAGGUGGACCACUGUAUCUCUAUCAUUUACAGAAUUCUUUGCAACACAAGCAGUAUUACAGUUUACACUACUAUCAGUAGAAAAAUGGAUACCACUAUACUUAGUCAUAGCCAAGCAUCUUGCCCAAACAGGAAAGUGAAUACUCUAUUGUAUUUGGAUAUUGUAUUUUUAUCAGUUAGUAAAUUUUAUCAAGAUGAUUGUAGUGCUAUGUUCUGGU